CAAGGAAACUAAAUUAAGUAAAGCUUCUUCUUCUUCAUCUUUUGGAAUUAAUUUAGGAGAGGAUUUAACAAAUACGAGAGUAGCAGCAAUGGCCGAACGAGAGCUUACUUUGAGGGAGAUGGCUAUACCUGUCAUCAAUCAACAACCUCUGUGCAUUGCCUAUCCAAACAUCGAUGCCAAUUUUGAACUCAAAUCAGGUUUAAUCCAUUUAUUGCCUACUUUUCGAGGAUUAUCAGGUGAGGACCCUCAUAAACACUUGAAAGAAUUUCAUGUUGUUUGUUCCACUAUGAAACCACAAGGGGUAAGUGAAGAGCAAAUUAAACUGCGUGCUUUCCCUUUCUCUUUAACUGAUAAGGCUAAGGAUUGGCUAUAUUAUUUACCAUCAGGUUCUAUCAAUAGUUGGGAUGAGCUUAAAAGACAAUUUUUAGAAAAAUUCUUUCCUGCUUCUAGGGCCACCUCAAUUAGAAAAGAAAUAUGUGGGAUUAGGCAAUACAGUGGGGAGACACUUUAUGAGUAUUGGGAGAGGUUUAAUCAGCUCUGUGCUAGUUGUCCCCAUCAUCAAAUUUCUGAUCAGCUAUUAAUUCAAUAUUUUUAUGAAGGUUUAUUGUUGUCUGACAGGAAUUUGAUUGAUGCAGCAAGUGGUGGAGCUUUGGUUAAUAAAACUUUAACUGAAGCAAAGAGAUUGAUCUCAACAAUUGCCGCCAAUACUCAGCAAUUUGGCAUUAGACAGGAUGUAACUGUGAGAAAGGUUAAUGAGGUAAGCAAUAAUAAUCCUCUUGAGCAAAGACUUGAUAAACUCACCUCCUUGUUAGAAAAAUUUGUAGUGAAUCACCAACAAGUGAAGGCUUGCGACAUCUGUUCGAAUGUGGAGCACUCUACAGACGCAUGCCCCACACUUCAGGAGGACACACGUGAGGAUGUUAAUGCCGUAGGGGGUUAUCAGAACCAAAAAAGGUAUGAUCCGUACUCGAAUACCUAUAAUCCGGGAUGGAGAGAUCACCCGAAUUUUAGUUAUGGCCAAAAGAACAAUAACUUCCAACAGCCUGGAUACCAAAAUAGGCCACCCCCUCCUCAAGCGUUUAAUCCAACACCCCAACCUCAGUCGAAAGGUAUGUCUCUUGAACAAAUUGUUACUGCACUUGCUAAUAAUACACAACAAUUUCAACAGGAGACAAGGGCUAGCAUUCAGAAUCUAGAAAAUCAAGUCAGCCAAUUAGCUACUGUUGUGGGAAGAUUGGAAACUCAGAAUUCUGGUAGAUUGCCAUCUCAGAUUGUGGUGAAUCCAAAGCAAGAUGCAAAUUUUACUGAGAAUAUCAAUGCAAUCACCCUGCGGAAUGGUAAAGAAUUGAAGGAUCCUGAAAAGAAGAUUCCAAAAUAUGCAAGAGAAAAGGAGAUCGAAUGCGAAAUUGAGCCAAAAGAAGCCCAAAAAUUGUCACCUCCUGCAGAGAAGUGCAUGCCACCUUCUGUGGUCACUCCACCUCCUUUCCCGAGUCGACUUGCAAAGAACAAAAAGGAACAACAAGAACAAGAGAUCCUUGAAGUCUUUCGCAAGGUUGAGGUAAAUAUUCCCCUUUUAGAUGCUAUUAAACAAGUCCCUAGAUAUGCUAAAUUCCUUAAGGAAUUAUGCACGUCAAAAAGAAAACUAAAAGGGGAUGAAAAAGUGCAUGUCAGUGAGAAUGUUUCAGCCGUUCUUCAAAGAAAAUUGCCUCAAAAGUGUAAGGAUCCAGGUAUGUUCACAAUCCCUUGCAAGAUUGGUAAUGUUAAAGUUCAGAAAGCUAUGAUAGAUCUAGGAGCAUCCAUUAAUGUCAUGCCUAGCUCAAUUUAUCAUUCUUUAAAUGUAGGACCUCUAAAACCCACUGGUGUAAUAAUCCAAUUAGCUGAUAGGUCCAAUGCAUAUCCUGAAGGAGUGUUAGAAGAUGUUCUUGUUCAAGUUAAUGAAUUGAUUUUUCCUGCUGACUUUUAUGUGCUUGACAUGGAAGAUGAUAACUCAUCUAAAUCAGUCCCAAUUUUGCUAGGAAGACCUUUUCUUAAGACAUCUAGAACAAAAAUCGAUGUUUCGGAAGGUACUUUAACUAUGGAAUUUGAUGGUGAAGUAAUUAGAUUCAAUAUUUAUGAAGCCAUGAGAUUCCCUAGUGAUGUCAAUUCAGUUUUUGUUGUUGAUGUAAUCGAUUCCCUAGCUCAACAAAUUUUUGAAACAUUACAAAGAAUUGAGCAAAAGCUUGUGGUAGAUGACAGAUUGAGUGAUACGGUUUACAAGCUGGAACCAUUCGAAACAACCAGGUAUGAUGUUUCUUAUAUUUCAUUACCCGUUUCUAACUCAAAAUUACUUCCAUCAAUUGUGCAGGCACCCAAAUUGGAACUUAAGCCUUUGCCAAGCCAUCUCAAAUAUGUAUAUUUGGGAGAUAAUGAAACCCUUCCUGUGAUAAUUUCUAACAAACUCACUCUUCUUGAGGAAGAAAAACUCAUUAGAGUCCUUAGAGAUUAUAAGGAAGCCAUCGGAUGGACCAUCGCAGACAUCAAGGGUUUGAGCCCAUCACUUUGUAUGCAUAGAAUCUUGCUGGAAGAGAACACUAAGCCUUCGAGGGAAGCUCAAAGAAGGUUAAAUCCUCCAAUGAUGGAAGUUGUGAAGAAAGAAAUAAUAAAGCUCUUGAAUGCCGGUAUGAUCUAUCCUAUUUCAGAUAGUGAUUGGGUAAGUCCAGUACAGGUAGUACCUAAGAAAACUGGUUUCACUGUUCAAAAGAACGAUAAUGGUGAGUAUGUUCCUGUUAGAGUUCAAAAUGGAUGGAGGGUAGAUAAGUCAAAAAUUGAUUUGAUUAAAUCCUUACCUCACCCAACUUGUGUUCGAGAAGUGCGUUCUUUUCUUGGACAUGCAGGUUUUUACAGGAGAUUUAUUAAGGAUUUUUCAAAAAUUGCCCAACCGCUUUCAAGACUACUACAAAAGAAUGUCCAAUUCGAGUUUGAUAGAGAGUGCAAGAAAGCUUUUGAUCAACUGAAGGAACACCUAAUUUCUGCGCCGAUUGUUCAGCCACCCAAUUGGGAAUUACCUUUUGAGAUUAUGUGUGAUGCUAGCAAUUAUGCUAUAGGGGCUGUUUUAGGCCAGAAAAGUGGAAAAAUUUCUUGUGUGAUUUAUUAUGCUUCAAGAACUCUUGAUAAUGCUCAAAGAAAUUAUUCCACAACUGAAAAAGAAUUGUUGGCAGUAGUUUUUGCUUUAGAAAAGUUUCGCUCUUAUUUAUUAGGCACUAAAGUAAUUGUUUAUUCUGAUCAUGCAGCUCUAAAGUAUUUGCUUUCUAAGAGGGAAUCAAAGCCGAGGCUAAUUAGAUGGAUACUAUUGCUGCAAGAAUUUGAUUUGGAGAUUCGAGAUAGAAAGGGAGCCGAAAAUUCUGUGGCUGAUCAUCUAAGUCGAUUGGUGACUGACGAAGACCCUAUGCCUCUCCAAGAUGCUUUUCCAGAUGAGAAUCUCUUUCAUUUAAAUAGUAUUACACCUUGGUAUGCUGAUAUUGUUAAUUAUAUGGUCACUAAGUCAUUGCCGAAUGAUCUCACUAGAGCCCAAAAGGAAAAAAUUAAAAGUGAUUCUAAGUACUAUAUAUGGGAUGAUCCGUAUUUAUGGAAGCAAUGUUCUGACCAAUUACUUCGCAGGUGUGUACAUGAUAGUGAAAUCCAAUCUAUCUUGGAGUUUUGCCACUCUUAUGCAUGUGGUGGUCACUUUGGCCCGAAAAGAACAACACGAAAGGUUCUAGAAUGUGGGUUAUAUUGGCCUACUCUGUUUCGAGAUGCAUACAUGUUCUGUAAGUCUUGUGCUAAUUGUCAAAAGAGUGGGAAUUUAGGACAUAGGGAUCAAAUGCCAUUGAACCCAAUUUUGGUUUGUGAAAUUUUUGAUAUUUGGGGAAUUGAUUUUAUGGGUCCUUUUCCAUUAUCUUUUGGUAAUUCUUAUAUUCUUUUAGCUGUUGAUUAUGUUUCUAAAUGGAUUGAAGCUAAGGCAACAAGAGCUGAUGAUGCUAAAACUGUUGUAGGAUUUGUCAAGACUUACAUUUUUUCCAGGUAUGGAACACCAAGAGCCAUUAGAAGUGAUCGUGGAACCCAUUUUUGCAAUCGGGUCAUGGAGGCAUUACUUAAGAAGUACAAUGUCACUCACCGAGUAUCUACUGCAUACCAUCCGCAAACGAGUGGACAAGCCGAAGUUUCAAAUAGGGAGAUUAAGUCUAUACUUGAGAAAACGGUAAAUCCAAAUAGAAAGGAUUGGAGCCUUCGCUUGGAUGAUGCCUUAUGGGCUUAUAGAACUGCAUACAAGACUCCAAUAGGUAUGUCUCCUUAUCGCUUAAUAUUUGGUAAAUCUUGUCAUCUCCCAGUUGAAUUGGAACACAGGGCCUAUUGGGCAAUCAAGCAAUGCAAUACGGACUUGAAUGAGACAGGUAAUCAUAGGAAGUUACAACUUCAAGAAUUAGAGGAAAUCAGAAAUGAUUCCUAUGAAAAUUCUCGGAUUUAUAAAGAAAAGACUAAGCUUUUCCAUGAUAAAAUGAUUUCUAGGAAAACCUUUCAUGUUGGACAAAAAGUACUCCUAUAUCAUUCUAAACUUAAAUUGUUUCCGGGAAAAUUACGAUCUCGUUGGAUUGGUCCUUUUGUUGUCACUAAUGUAUUUUCUCAUGGUGCAGUUGAAAUUCAAAGUACCUCUACCAAUAAAAAUUUUAAGGUUAAUGGACAUCGUCUAAAACCUUAUUAUGAAGGAUUUCAGGCCUACAAUGUAGAGGAAAUAUCUUUGGCUCCCCCAAAUUGAUGAAUUGGUUGCGUCUAGCCAAAGACAUUAAAGAAAGGCGCUUAUUGGGAGGCAACCCAAUUGAUCUUAUUUUUCAUUAUUUUUAAUCAUUU